GUUGAUUCUCUGUUACUACGACUUUGUGGCAGAUGUUCAGCAGAGCUCAUGAAACAGAUAAGUGAUAUCUUCUCACCUUGAGAAGGAUAUUGACCGCGAACAUAGAAAGAUCAGAAGCAACAAAAUGCCAUUUCUCAUCCCAGCAUUUGCGUAACAUAACUUACCACGUAAGCCAGUGAUACCGAACUUGGGAAAUUAUGUGGUAUACAAACCUCAGCGCAUCGAAGAACGCGACAGACAUUCAUUCUGCUAGCCUCGGACUGGUACUGGGGUGCAUUUCAUUUUUUACUGUUAUCUUGAACAUUUUGGUUUUGUAUGCAGUUAAGAUUGAGCGGACACUUCACACUGUUGGUAACUUAUACAUCGUCAGUCUAUCCAUUGCUGAUCUUAUUGUGGGUAUGGCUGUCAUGCCACUGAACAUUAUCUAUCUUAUCAAUGACAAAUGGGUCCUGGGAAGGCCAGCCUGUUUAUUUUGGCUCUCAAUGGAUUAUGUAGCAAGCACGGCCUCUAUAUUUAGUCUUUUCAUAUUGUGCAUUGAUCGCUAUCGCUCCAUUCAGCAGCCAUUGCAGUAUUUGAAAUAUCGGACUAAGACCAGGGCUUCAGUGAUGAUUUCUGGAGCAUGGCUUCUUUCUUGCAUGUGGAUCAUCCCUAUUUUGGGUUGGCAUGUAUUUGCAAAUGGUGGAAACAGAUCUGUGCCUGAACAUACAUGUGAAACUGAGUUCCAUAAGGUGACUUGGUUUAAAGUGCUCACUGCCAUAUUGAAUUUCUAUAUCCCUUCCUUGUUAAUGUUGUGGUUCUAUGCUAAAAUUUAUAAAGCAGUAAGGGAACACUACCAGCAUAGAGUUCUUAUCAAUGGCUCAUUCCAGUUAUAUUAUGACAGUAAAUUUGUGAGAAAUGUUAAAGUGCUGAAGAAGACAGAGGAUUGUAUUCAUAACCAGUGUUCUAAUGGGAUGCUUAUGGUUCCCAAAACAAAUUGUCAAACUCAUUACACGGCAGUCUCAAAGGUUUUCACUCAACAAAGUACUUUGCAAGACCAUUUCCGGCUGGAGGGCUUUGAAACCCAGCAGGAGUUUGACACAUGUGACAAUAAAGUGGUCAAAUUGCACUGUUUUCCUCUCACAAUCCUGCAGACUCACCCAGAGGAAUGCAGGAAUUAUGUAACUGUCACUAGGGGGAAAUUAAAAGACCAUCACUGUUGUGAAAACCAAGAGUUGACAGAUAUAUCUGAAGAACAUACGUUUGCUGAAGCUCCUUCGUGUAUUAUGGAAACCAGUCGGAUAGAGGAAUCCAAUGAUGUGCCAUCCGAGAGGAUAGAUGGUCCUGUAUCAGGGAACCUUAGCUACCUGAAGCACACUUGGCAAAGGAUUCGCUCUCAUUCCAAGCAGCACAUUCAAGGACUUCACAUGAACAGGGAGAGAAAAGCCGCCAAGCAAUUGGGCUUCAUCAUGGCAGCUUUUAUGUUGUGUUGGAUCCCAUAUUUUGUCUUAUUCAUGGUAAUAGCAUUUUGCCAAAACUGCUUCAAUCACAAUUUCCAUAUGUUUACUAUAUGGCUGGGAUAUGUAAACUCAACACUGAACCCCCUGAUUUAUCCUUUGUGUAACGAGAACUUUAAAAAGACAUUUAAAAAGAUAUUUCGUGUUGAACUGUACUGUACUGUGUGCAAGAAAGAAAAAUGUACGUCCUGCACCUUGAAAUGA